AUGGCGCAGAAAGGAGAUCACCAGGAAGCCUUUUCUUGUUCCAUCUGUUUGGAGGUUUUAAAGGAUCCAGUGACUAUUCCCUGUGGACACAGUUACUGUAUGAACUGUAUUAAAACCUACUGGGAUGAAGAGGAGAAGAAUCUCCCCAGCUGUCCUCAGUGUAGACAGACGUUCACCCCGAGACCUGAGCUGGUGAAAAGCACCAUGUUUGCUGCUUUAUUGGAGCAGCUGAAGAAGAUUGGACUCCAAGCUGCUCCUGCUGAUCACUGCUAUGCAGUACCUGAAGAUGUGGCGUGUGAUGUCUGCUCUGAGAGAAAACUGAAAGCUGUCAAGUCCUGUUUGGUCUGUCUGGCCUCUUACUGCCAGAAACACCUUCAACCUCACUGUGAUGCGGCUCCAUUAAAGAAACACCAGCUGGUGGAUCCCUCCAAGAACCUGCAGGACAACAUCUGCCCCCGUCACGCUGAGGUGAGGAAGAUGUUCUGUCGUACUGAUCAGAAGUGUAUCUGUUAUCUCUGCUCUGUGGAGGAACAUAAAGGCCACGACAUAGUCUCAGCUGCAGCAGAAAGGACCGAGAGGCAGAGAGAGAUGGAGGUGAGUCAACAACAAAUCCAGCAGCAGAUCCAGGACAGAGAGAAAGAUGUGAAGCUGCUUCAGCAGGAGGUGGAUGCCAUCAAUCAGUCUGCUGAUAAAACAGUGGAGGACAGUGAGGAGAUGUUCACUGAACUGAUCUCUCUCCUCCAGAAGAAAAGCUCUGAGGUGAAGCAGCAUAUCAGAUCCCAGCAGGAAACUGAAGUAAGGAGAGUCAGAGAGUUGGAGGAGAAGUUGCAGCAGGAGAUCACUGACCUGAAGAGGAGAUACGCUGAGAUGAAGCAGCUCUCAGACACCGAGGACCACAACCAGUUUCUGCACAGCUGCCUCUCACUGUCACCACUCAAUGAGUCCACACACUCCUCCGGCAUCAGCAUCCAUCCUUUCAGGUACUUUGAGGAUGUGACUGCAGCUGUGUCAGAGGUCAGAGGUCGACUACAGUACAUCCUGAGAGACAUAUGGACAAACGUCUCACUGGCCGUCACUGAUGUGGAUGUUUUACUGUCACAACCAAAACCAGAACCACAACCAGAACCAGAACCACAACCAGAACCAGAGAGCAGAGCUGGAUUCUUGAAGUAUUCAUGUGAAAUAACUCUGGAUCCAAACACAGUAAACGAACGGCUGUUUCUGUCAGAGGAGAACAGAAAGGUAACGGUUAUGGACGAAGAUCAGUCUUAUUCUGAUCAUCCAGACAGAUUCACUUAUGUUCAUCAGGUCCUGAGUAGAGAGAGUCUGACUGGACGUCGUUACUGGGAGGUGAAGAUGACAGUAGAUGGAGUUUGUGUAGCAGUUUCAUACAAGAAUAUCAGCAGAUCAGGGGAGGAAAGUGGAUUUGGAUGUAAUGACAAAUCUUGGUCACUAGAUUGUGAACCAGACGGUUAUAGAUUCUGGUACAACGACAUCCACACCCUCAUCUCAGGUCCUUGGACCUCCAGAAUAGGAAUUUACCUGGAUCACAGAGCAGGUGUUCUGUCCUUCUACAGUGUCUCUGGAACCAUGACCCUCCUCCAUAGAGUCCAGACCACCUUCACUCAGCCGCUCCACGCUGGAGUUUGGGUUAACUACCCUCCGGGAAACUCAGCUGAGUUCUGUAAACUCAAAUAG